UCUGUACCUAAUCGGAGUUCACGUCAUAAGCACAAUGACUCAGUCCACCAGCAACAAGCCCUCCGGACCUAUCCGUCGAAGAUUAAGGCUUCUCGAUAAAGCUGUGCAGUUUUUAUCACGCCUAGAUGGACGAGGGCCUCACACAAUACACGAGGUGUCCCUAAACACUUCAUUCCAUUCGCUUCCGUUGAGUCAGGAACAAAGCCCUUCCAUCCAUUCAACAUUUGACUUCCACUCAAUCCCUGAUAUGCCUGACCAACAACUCGCACUCAUCAUCCCAUCCAAGCAAGCGGCUUUUACCGUCGCUAGCCGCAAAAUCCCCAAGCCAGGCCCUGGCGAGGUUCUCGUCAAACUCCAGGCCACUGCGCUCAACCCUUUCGACGCUAAGAUCCAUAGAGAUGGCACUUUCGUCGACAGCUAUCCUGCAGUUCUAGGCACCGACGGUGCUGGCACCGUCGAAGAAAUCGGUGAAGGUGUUACGAAAUUCAAUCCAGGGGAAAGAAUAUUCUUCCAUGGUGCCUUUGACGAUAACGAUCUGGCAACCUUUCAGCAGUAUUGUGUAGUCACAACUGACUUCGCAGCUAAGGUCCCGAGAAGCUUAUCGCUCGACCAGGCAAGUACUAUUGCAUGCGGACUUGGCACAGCUGCGAUCGGGAUGUACGGUACUAUCAAUGGUAUCGGUCUCAUUCCACCUUGGGAGCGCGGCGGAUGGUCCAAGUACAAAGGUUGGCCCAUCUUGAUCCUCGGUGGUGCCGGCUCUGUCGGCAACUACGUUAUCCAACUAGCGAAACUAUCGGGCUUCUCACCAAUCAUUACCACUUCCUCGCUGAAGCACACGGAACGUCUGAAGAGUCUCGGAGCAAACCACGUCAUAGACAGAUAUCUUCCACUGCCAGCACUCAAACAGGCCGUGAUGAAAAUUACGGGCUCUCGCAUACAUAUGAUGUACGACUGCAUAUCCACAGCAGAGACGCAGGAGGCUGCUUGGUCAUUGCUUGCGCCCGGAGGGAAGCUUGUUGUCACACAGCCAUCCUUGAUUAGCAAGGACAGCCAUGACAGUAGGCAGGUGGUUCCUGUAGACGGAAGCCCGCAAUCAGACGAGAACUGGGAAACGGGGAAGAGGCUGUGGGCUCAUCUUGAGAGAUGGGUCGAAGAGGGUCACAUACGGCCAAACAACGUCGAGCUAUUAUCUGGCGGGCUGCGCGCAAUACCAGAUGCGCUCGAGAGAUUCAACGCUGGGAAGGUAGACGGGGUGAAAUUGGUAGUUCGGCCACAAGAAACCUAACAAUUUUGCACGGGCGAUCUGGGACAUCCAUAUAUGAUCAUUAUUUUAUCUAGAUACCCCCUGCAUUACCUUCAUUUCUUUGGACUCAAUAUGAAUUGCUUCUUGCAUGUGUCAUCAUUUCAAAAUGGUCGC